AUGUGGCCUAAUUUGAUUACCAAAGCUAAAGAAGGGGGAUUAGAUGUCAUACAAACUUACGUGUUUUGGAACCUUCACGAACCUCAGCAAGGCCAGUACGACUUUAGUGGAAGGCGCGAUAUAGUGAGAUUCAUUAAGGAAGUUCAAGCUCAGGGUUUGUAUGCGACCCUCCGAGUUGGACCAUACAUUGAGAGUGAAUGCACUUACGGGGGUCUACCAAUAUGGUUACAUGAUAUUCCGGGAAUUGUUUUUAGAUCUGAUGAUGAGCAAUUCAAGUUCCACAUGCAAAGGUUCACUGCCAAAAUAGUCAAUAUGAUGAAAUCAGCCAGUCUUUAUGCUUCACAAGGAGGACCGAUCAUACUAUCUCAGAUUGAGAACGAAUAUGGCAAUGUUGAAGGGGCGUUUCACGAGAAUGGACUGUCCUAUGUUCGUUGGUCUGCCCAAAUGGCUGUGGGACUCCAAACUGGCGUGCCUUGGGUAAUGUGCAAGCAAGAUAAUGCUCCUGAUCCAGUGAUCAACACAUGCAAUGGUAUGCAGUGUGGGAAAACUUUUAUGGGGCCUAACUCUCGUAACAAGCCUUCACUAUGGACAGAGAAUUGGACAAGUUUUUACCAAGUCUUCGGUGGAGUACCAUACAUAAGAUCAGCUGAAAACAUCGCGUACAAUGUUGCCCUGUUCAUUGCAAAGAACGGAAGCUACGUCAAUUACUACAUGUACCAUGGAGGAACCAAUUUGGACAGGAUAGCCUCUGCUUUCGUGACAACGGCUUAUUAUGAUGAAGCUCCGUUGGAUGAAUAUGGUUUGGUUAGGCAACCGAAAUGGGGGCAUCUAAAGGAGCUACAUGCGACAAUCAAGUCAUGUUCAACAUCACUACUUUAUGGAACCAAAACUGCGUUCAGCUUGGGCUUACAACAAGAAGCUUAUAUUUUCAAAAGGAGCUCAACAGAAUGUGCUGCCUUCCUGGAAAAUAGUGAAGAUCGGAUUGUUACAAUCCAAUUUCAAAAUAUUCCAUAUCAGUUACCCCCCAAAUCAAUCAGUAUCCUACCAGACUGCAAGAAUGUAGCCUUCAACACCGCCAAGGUAAGCACACAAAACAAUGCCAGAGAAAUGAAAUCACAGUUAGAGUUCAAUUCAGCUGAAAAAUGGAAAGUCUACAAAGAAGCCAUCCCCAACUUUGAUGAUACUUCAUUAAGAGCAAAUAAACUACUAGAUCAAAUCAGCACAGCAAAAGAUGGAUCUGACUACAUGUGGUACACAUUCAGGUUUUAUGACAACUCUCCUAAUGCUCAAUCUGUUCUUAGUGCAUACAGCCAAGGACAUGUUUUGCAUGUCUUCACCAAUGGAGUUUUAGUAGGUUCUGCACAUGGAAGUCACAGAAAUGCAUCUUUCAUCAUGGAGAACAAACUCAAUCUUAUAAAUGGGAUGAACAAUAUUUCUUUCCUCAGUGCAACAGUCGGAUUGCCGAACUCAGGAGCAUAUCUAGAGCGCAGAGUAGCUGGUUUGUAUAGAGUGAAAGUUCAAGGCAGAGAUUUCACAAAUCAAGCAUGGGGAUAUCAGGUUGGAUUGUUAGGAGAAAAAUUGCAAGUCUAUACAGCUAGUGGAUCAAGUAAAGUUCAGUGGGAAAGUUUUCAAAGCUCUACUAAACCACUGACAUGGUAUCAGACCACAUUUGAUGCACCAGUGGGAAAUGAUCCUGUGGUGCUGAACCUUGGUUCUAUGGGAAAGGGAUUUGCUUGGGUUAAUGGCCAAGGUAUUGGCCGAUAUUGGGUGUCUUUCCACACACCACAGGGAACUCCUUCACAGAAAUGGUAUCACAUACCUAGGUCCUUCCUAAAAUCUACUGGGAACCUGCUAGUUCUACUAGAAGAAGAUACUGGAAACCCAUUAGGGAUCACUCUAGACACAGUCCACAUUACAGGGAAAGAUAGCACGUCAUGA